AAUGGCAUUCAAGUACAGUGGCUUAUCGCUCAAUGAUGAAUUUAAGCAAUAUUUUCUGCAGGCUUCAAACAACCGCAUCAAAGAAACUUAUGAUCAAUUCAAAAUAAAUUCCAUGUGGAAGGGCAAUGUCCAAUUUGGUCCGUAUUCCCAAAUGUUAAGAACUGAUGACUCAGUCGAAAUCAUUGACUCAAGCGAUGAAGAAGAUCAGACAGAAAAUCUGGUUAAAAUGGAAUCAUCAGAAAUGGUGUUUGGCAUUCACAGCGAUGGUCAUGACACGCCAUCUGAAUUAAGCGAUGAUUUUGAAACUGAAUAUUAUCGAAACUACACCGAUGACAUGCCAUACAUGAACCCGAAAGAUAUUAACUGGCGGAGAGAUGUCUCAAGGAAUAAACAAGGUUGCAUCGAGAAGGAAAUUGACAAGGUAAUGAAAGCAGAAGAAAUAGAAGAAGACGAUGAAAUUCCGUCAACUGCCUUCAAUGGACGUCGCGACAUUAGCUUGUUCAACGAACGUACAUCUUCCAUCCCUUUGAACAAUAGAUCAAACAGCGUAAAUGAUUCAAAUAGAAACAACAUGACAGGAAGAUCCGGUGGUGGUCAAAGAAAACAGGCCGAAUCGGGCUCAACUUCAAAAUCAUUGCGAAACAAAACAUCGAUUCCAUCAAAUCAAUCGAAGAUGAAGAAGCGAUUCCAGUGCGAAUUUUGUGAAUAUUCCAGCAAUUACGCGGGAAACCUCAAGAAACACAAGCGUACUCACACCGGCGAGAAGCCGUAUCGAUGUGAUAUUUGCCACAAAGAUUUUAUCCAGUCAAUUUGCAUGAAACAGCAUAAAGUGACUCACAUCCAACAAGUUCCAUUCCAUUGCCGUGGCUGCUUCAGUGGAUUUACCCAGAAGACCGACCACGAAGUCCAUGAAAAUGUGUGCAAAUAUCGUCGAUAUGAAUGCCAUAUUUGCAAGAAAUUUGUCACUGCGGGUAAAACUCGAUUGAAAAUGCAUAUGCGAAAGCAUAACGGUGAAAAACCGUUCCGAUGCGAGAUUUGUAUGAUGCGUUUUACGCAAAAAGGUAAUCUAAAAACACAUUUGGACAACAUUCACACUAAAAACAACCAUUGAAUUAUCACACCUGUCUCACAACAUCCA